AUGCACAUGACUGGCUCCGCGAUUCCAUGGUUUCAGAUGUCACAACGCUCCGCUCCGUUUUGUUCAUGGACGCAGCUCAAGCGUGCUAUUGAAUUAGAGUUUGGCCCUUCCUUAUUUGAGUCUCCCAGGGAGCUUCUGUUCAAGCUGCAACAACAGGGUUCCGUAAGUGACUUUUACGCUGAAUUUGUAGCUCUUGCUAAUCGAACUCAUAUCGAACUUGCUGAUGCGUUACGCGACUAUUUCAUUAGCGGUCUCCGAGCCGAUAUUAGACGUGAGGUAAAAGCUCAAUGUCCACCCUCACUGCUGCGUGCCGUAAGCUUGGCUAGGCUCUAUGAAGACAAGUUUUCGACAUCUCCGCGGCACACUUCAGGUCCGGCAACCUCUAAGUCUCCAUCGCACGGCUCCUCGACACCUGCGCGUGCCUUUCAACGGAACAGCUUGCCUCUCCUGCUUCCCACACCAUCUCAGAAGCCAGCUCUCCCACCACCUAAGAACCCCAUUUGCCAUUUGUCUCCGGCAGAGAUUCAGAGUAAACGAGAGAAAGGUCUUUGUUAUUGGUGUGAUGACAAAUUCACAGCUGCUCAUAAGUGCUCAAAUCGGCAAUUCAUGCUUAUGCAAGUUGAGAAUGAUGAGGUAAAUAUAGUGGUGAAUAGUGAGGACAUAGUUGUGUCUGAAGGAGAACAAUUACAACAGCUGGAUGCAGAGGUGAUAGACCAUAAUCUCUCUUACAAUGCCAUGCAUGGCACGUCGGGUCACUCCACUAUUCGAAUCAAAGCUCACAUUGGUGAGCUAGAAAUCCAAGCACUCAUUGAUGGUGGGAGCUCUGAUUACUUCAUCCAGCCGCGGAUUGCAAAAUUUUUGAAUCUCUCCAUUGAGCCAGCUCCGGGAGUCCAAGUUGUAGUGGGAAAUUUUGACAUUAUGCAGGUUGAAGGUCGCAUCCCUUUGCUAGAAGUGACAUUGCAGGGUUAUAAAGUGCUGGUCCCUAAUGUAUUUGUUUUAAAAGUUGCUGGUGGUGAUCUCGUCAUUGGAACCGCUUGGUUGAAACGAUUGAGAGCCCAUAUUGUGGACUAUGAAGCAGCUUAUAUUCGAUUCAUGCAUGAGGGUAGUUUGAUUACGAUACAUGGGGAGAAGACCAAUGCUAUAGCUCAGGCAGAAUUCCACCACAUCAGGAGACUUGUGCAUACCAAUUCUAUUGCUGAGGCUUUCACAUUGCAGCUGCAGCCUCAGGUUGAAGCUGCUCAUUCUUCCUUGCCUCUACCUGAUGACAUACACCCGGAAUUGGCGAAAUUGCUGCACUUAUAUGCUGGGAUGUUUGCGCAACCUUCAGGCCUACCACCACAGCACCGUUAUGAUCACUGUAUUCCUCUAAUCAAGGGUGCUAAACCUGUUAAGGUAAGACCCUACCGCUACCCUCACAGUCAAAAAGCCCAGAUAGAAUUGAUGGUCCAACAAAUGCUUGACGACGGGAUUAUUCAACCAAGCCGGAGUCCAUUUUCCUCUCCAAUAUUACUAGUCAAAAAGAAAGAUGAUACAUGGCAUUUCUGUACAGACUAUAGAGCGUUAAACAAUAUCACCGUUAAGGAUAGUUUUCCAAUUCCUACGGUUGAUGAAUUACUUGAUGAGCUGUUUGGUGCCUCCAUUUUCUCCAAGCUUGAUCUUCGUUCUGGUUACCACCAAAUUCUAAUCAGCCCUGAGGAUAGAUACAAAACAGCCUUCCGCACUCACCAAGGCCUUUACGAAUGGCUGGUCAUUUUGCUAAGCUCUCAAAGUGCUCCUUUGGAACCAAUGAGAUUGAUUAUUUAG